UGUUAACGCCAUUUUUGAAUGUUAAAAAUAUUUCUUUAAAGACAUUUUUUAAAAGCGCUCAAGAUAUGGCACUAAUUCUCAAUUCUUACUUUAUUUCAUCUUCAAAGAAAUAUUUUUUGUAUUUAAAAGAUGGCGUUGUCAGCGUAAUCAGUUUUUAGUUCAUUUCUAUCUUUCUCACAUUAUUUAUGUUUAUAUUAGUUUCAUUUACUUUUAUGGUGUUGAUUAUUGGUGUUGAUAACCUCAAUUCUUUUUAAAUAUUAUGAAAAUUAAUCAAGAAGUGAUGACAGAUACGAUUAAUCAAAAGUUAUUUUAUAAUACUGUAUUGUCACAAACAUUUUCUCCAGAUGGAAAUUAUUUAUUGGCUGGAAAUAUUUAUGGAGAUAUUUCAGUUUUUGAGUUAUCAAAAGCUUUAGGACCACAUAAAGUUGAAGAAAAUGAAUUACAAGGUCCUAAUUAUCACUUCACUGCUCAUUCCAAUCAACAGAUAGAAAGUAUGAUUUCAACAGACAAUUUUUUAGUAACAGGAACAUCAGGAGAAAUAUGUGGAUGGGAUUGGAAAAUAAUUACUUCAAGUAAAAAUCCAAAAAAUAAAGUUUCAUGGACUAUACAACUUCCUGUUAAUAAGGAUAGUUAUGAAAAACCAGAUGUAAAUUAUUUAGUAUAUUCUAAAUUAAAUAAUCUUCUAUAUGCUGGUUGUGGUGAUAACAAUAUUUAUGUAAUUAGUUUAGAAGAUGGUAGAAUAUUAAAAAGCUUAGAAGGACAUACAGAUUACAUUCAUUGUCUAUCUUUAAUGGGUAAUCAGUUAGCUUCAUGCAGCGAAGAUGGAACAGUGAGAUUAUGGGAUUUACGGAAAAAAGAAAAUACUAAUAUAUUAACACCUCAUUUAGUAGACAAAGUUGCAAGACCAAGAUUAGGCAAAUGGAUUGGUGCUAUAGAUUUCACAGAUGAUUGGCUGUUAUGUGGAGGUGGUCCAAAUUUAUCUUUAUGGCAUAUGCGCACGAUGGAAGCAGCCACUGUAUUCGAUCUUCCAGAUGAAGGUAUCCAUGUAGCAAAUAUUUAUGAAGAGCGUGUAAUAGCCGCUGGAUCAGCGCCUCAUGUUUAUCACCUUACUUAUCAAGGAGAAAUGUUGGCUAAAGUGCCAACUUCCAGUAACACUGUAUACAGUAUUAUUUAUCAAGAAACACCGCAAAAAGUAUUUAGUAUAGCUGGUUCAUCAAAUAACCUUGAUAUUUGUACGAAUUUUAAUUAUCGUGAAUUAAUAUUAAAGUUCGCAUAAUAAAAAUAAAAUAUUAAAAUGAUUAUAUCCGAUUGAUUUAUAGAACAAAGUGAUCUCAUUAAAGACAAAUAUAUUUUUUAAUAAAUAUAUUAAUACAAUAUGCAUUUUAUAAAAUAUGAUAUAAAACUUUUUACAAAUAUACAAGUAUUUGUUUGUUAGUUACGAUCUUUUUGUAAUAUAGUCGUUUUCUGUUUGUAGUAUAUUCGUCUAAUAGAACAUUUAUGAGAUGUGAUAAAAUACAAUUAACAUUUGUUUGAAAUUAAUUGGUUAUUCAAAAUUAAAUUUCUCCUUUUAGUUUGUAAAAUAUAUUUAAACGAAAUAAAAAGUGAAAUCAUAAAUAAUGGAAUAGUAAACAAUAUGGUGAUGAUUUAUUUUUGUAUAGUUUUAAAGGAUCAAGUAAUUUCAAACAAAUUAUAAUAAUAUAACAGUCACAGAAAGCCAUGACCUGCAAUCACUGCAGGUAUAAAGCCCUCUCUACCAUCUCGCGAACGAACCCAGAACCAAUCACUAACAUGAUCGCUAAGUAACGCAACGACAUCGCCUUUGGAAACACUAAGAGCGUUUCCACCUUGACCUUCAUAAUCGCUACGUAUAACGAGUAAAGUAUGUCGAGAUCCUUUGGUUCUAGCAUUCGCUGCGGCUCUGAGAUACAAUCUAUCAACACUACGUUCCCCGCAGGCUGAUACUGCGUCUCUAGAACUACGUCUUACUCUUGGAUUUCUACCUCGAGCACCACAUUCUGACCUAGUAUCCCUUAGUUUUUCCGUAUCGGUCAUGUUUCCUGGAAAAUUCAAACACAUUAAUAAAACAUGAAUUUGGAACUGAUGCUAUUGGAAAUGAAUUUACUACCUAAGGGACGAGGAAAUACGUCUGUAGAAUCUUCCCAACAUGGUCCUCUUGUUGGUUGUGGUAAUAUUCCUAAUGGUAAGCAAGCUGCAUACCCGACGUACCCUUCUUGACCAUGUGGAGUUUGAACGUAUAACCAAGUUUGAUUCUUGAAUACAGCAUUCACAACUGUACCAAGAGGGAGAGCCAUCUCGUCUUGAGUACCACCUUGGGUUUGAUACAGGACAGAUGGAAACGAAAGAACAACAGGAAUGUUUGCAGGUUUUUCUAUCGAGGCCUGAAAAUAAUAAAUAUUUUGUAAGCAAUAUUGUUUUUUGUCAUAUUGAAUUAUAAAUUGUAGCUUGAUGAAUGGAAAGAUACUUUGGUAAGGUAUGCAUCAAGAUCUGCAAUUUCAUAACCAAAUCUACUUGGCGGUCUGGGUUUGUGGGAUCGUUUGGUUCUUCGAUGUCUGUGCUUCUCCCGACCACUAGGCGUGGACGUUGACUCACGUGACACAAGAGACGGCUCGGACACUGCCCUCUUAACUUUCUCUUUCUCCUUCGCCUCCUUUAGCCCUGAAAAUUCUUUUUCAGAUUGUUUCUCUAGAGGACUGUCCAGCGAUCUUUCAUUGACCAGUACUUCUUUGCUAAUUGACUGAAAAGAGAAUAUAAAUAUUAGUACAUAUUGCAUUAAUAAUAAUUUUUGAAAACUAAAACUAAAUUUUUGAAAAUUAAAAAUAUAUAUAAUAAUAGGUAUAAAAUAUAUAAAUUAUAUAUAAACCUUUUCCUGAACUUCUACCUUCUCCGUCUUUUCGAUUUUCUCUAUUCUAUGCAGAACCUUCUUCUCUCGUUUUUCUGUUUCGACAUUCUCCUUACCGUUGUCUUUUUCCUUCACACUUUUCACACUCCUCUUCGAGGAUCUUUCUUUACCAUCUCGUGACAAGCCCUCUCGAUCGCCGUUCCCACCUUUACAAAGAUAACAUUGUUUCUUGACUAGUUUCUUAAGCUUUCUUGAAAUGGCAAAAUUACAGCCAAUUUGUGUAUUGUAUAUAUUUUUUAAAAAUUUUCAUGAAUAACCUUUUGAAUGGAAUUCGUGUUAUUUCCUUUUAUUAACUUGUAUACUUAUGCAAUUUAAAUUCCUCACAAUAUUAUUUAUAAAAUCUAAUACUGCAGAUAUUUUUUUUACAAACCUGCAUUCCCAUUGGUGGUCGAAUGACUGUUGCUGGAUGCAGGUUGCUGUUGCCCACGAAGGACCCAGGUCAAAGAGAUUUUGGGGCGCAACAGGGUGCUUGGCCGUUGACCCAUGCUCCUGGGGGGUGCGAGGGGUGUCGAGGGCGUCGCGGGUGUCGGCGAUCUGGGCGGUGACGGCGACCUCGACGAAGGCGUCACUACCUGCAAAGGACAGUCCGCCACCAGGUCCACCGUCUGCACCGAACACCCAUGUUCCUAUAAUCGUUAAAUCAAAAACAAACUUCAAUUUUUUUUUCAAAUUUUACAACAAUUUUUAAUUCUUCGUUAAAUCAAAUUGAAUCUUUCAAAUUUUUUAAAUCAUGUCUUGUUAUUCUUUCAAAAUUCUUCCAGGAAAUGAAAUAUUGAAGUUUAAAAAAAAUAAUGUAACUUUUAUGAAUGGAAAUUAUUAAAACACAAAACUUCUAUAGAUUCUUUUAAAAGCUCAGAUAUCAGAAAAUUCUUUUUAAUGAAUUUAAAUAACUUAAAUUGCUGAUAGUGUUAGUAAAAAAAAUGAUUGCUAACGAAGGAUUAAUAUUUUUAUUUAUUUUUCCUAUUUUUUUAAUAAGUUAAAUGAGGAUUUUGAAUAAAUAGCACGAAACAAGCAUCACUUCUAACGUGAAUGUAAAUUGAAGUGCUUGCACGGGAAAUGAGCACUAUUCAGGAGACUAGUUUGCAUUACAGAAGUGCACUUCUCUUUACAACAGAUAAAUAGAAUGGCUGCCUGAGGUUCGUGAAUAAUCAAAGGACGUCUUAGAAGCAAGUUGUGUACGUAGAUGAUUCAGAAAUUGAAAUAGGAGUCUCGUUAGAGCCGUUGUUAAAGUAAUUUUGGAUGGAAUGGGUAAGUGAAUCGUCGACUUGAUUGCAGCAAUUGGAAAUGUGUGUAUCUACAUUGAAAUCUUUUAUUUGUUUAAUAAAAAAAAAUUUAUAGAUAUGAGAUUUAUAACAAGAUAUACACUUGAGAUUUAUAAAAAGAAUAUCAAGUAUUAAUUAAAGAUAAAAUAUAAUCUUUCAUAUUGAUAUAAAAUCACAAUUACUUGAAUUUUUUAUGUUAUAGAAAAUUUCAUGAUAAAAUUGAAAUCUUUUGUUUUAGAAUUUAAAUUAAAAAAAGAAAAAUAUAAUAAAACAUAAUCUGGGAUUUUUGCAUCAUAUAUUUAACCAUGUUCAUAUAAGGAUUAUUUUAUGUUCUCACCCGCAUCUUUCGUUAAUUUAUUAUACGACAAAUACAUUAAUAACGAUGUAAAAACAAAAUCUAGACAUUUACCAAGGGAUGAUUCGUUUACUAAGGAUAGAAUAUAGUAUAUUGCGUUUCCUUGAGUAUGAUCGUUUUGUUAGAUCGAUGUAAAUCUUAGGUCUUUCUACAAAGUGGAUUAUUAAUUCGUCUCAUAGGCGUUCAAUUAGCCCGCGGGUCCGGCGUGAAAUGAAUUAUUCGUCGACGCAUGCGCGUUCUCGGCAUGUUUUACCGCGCAGCGUCGAAAUUUACUGCUGUCGCCUCGUAUAAAUAGUAGACAUGGCCACCAUGAAAUUUACGAACGACCAACAGAUUGUCUCGUAAAAUUUCUACGUCGCUGUCUCUUCUUUUCGUUUUGGAAAUUGUUCAUUUUCAUAGUGAAACAAUAAGACCCGGAAGUGAAGAACUCGUAUCUUCAUGAUGGACGUGAAAUCUGUGCGGAGAAUUUUGUGGUUAUGGUGGUUAGAUGCACUUUUCAUGAUUGAGGAUUAAUGAUCUCUCCACGUUAUCUUCUCUUUUGCACGAGCGUGUUUUCCAUUAAAACGAAUCGACUCUCGCGACUAUCCCUGCAAUCUUUCAACAGCGUUUCAUCUUCUCUUGCGUGUGGACCGAUCUUUCGAAGACAUUCCAUGCUCAUGGUGGACCCGGGCUGCAAACGCGUUCCUAUGAAUUAUUGCACCAUUAACGGAGAGAUGGAAUCAAGAGAUAUAUUUCUUGCUGUAGAAGAAAGAGAUUGAAAACUUUUGCCUUUUGAAGAUGUGGUUAUUUAAUGGUGAAGAAAUACUUAUGAAACGCUGCGGAUUUUUAUAAAAUGUGAUAUGUAAAAAGAUGUAAAACAUCCAAGUUCAGAAUUACACGAAUGACAAUGCAUGUAUGAAGAAACUUGAACUGUAAAAUAUGAGAAUAAAAUAUUAAAUAAAAAUAUGAUAUUGGAAACUAAAUCAAAUGAUAUAUAGCGACAUAAAAUUCCAUAAAUCUUCGACGGAAAUCAGCAGAAAGUUGAGUUGUCUUCGUUAAUUUUGAUUUCAAUAACCACGAUAACAAGAUUUCGAAAAAGAAAAGAACAGGAAGAACAAAAGCUAGUUUUGCCGAGUAAUUAGAAACCUACGAGCAAUAGUGCUAAUCAAGCGGCCAGAGAAAGAAAUAAGUCUGAGGAGAUGGAAGCUGAAGAAGGGUCCGGUUUAAGUGACAGAAAGGCUGGUCCGAAGUGGCACGAAGGUACACGCGAGGUGGUAGCCUCGGGUGACAAGUUAAAAAGGGAGGGACGAGGUGGCGGCGCGAGCCAGCCUUCUCUUCUCUCGGAUCAUGCUAAUGAAAUUCUCAAGAUAUCUAUCUUGCGCGCCACUGUGCACAAGGCAUUAGUUUAGCGUCUCGCUCGCGGCCACCUCGAUCUUAUCUGUCCGCCUUCAGACGCACGGUAUCAAUUUCCCUGGAACGUGAAACAUACGGGCCAUGGUAGUUCGUCAACCGAUUCCGUGUUUAACGAUCCUUGGCUAUCGGUACACUGUUCACAGUUUGGAUUCUGUGGAAAUUAAGAGAAAGGAAGAGAUGACUUUAUAAAAUAAUGUUUUUUUAAGGAUUGACAUUGGAGGAAAGGGAAUUGGUUUGAUUUGAAGUGGAAAGGAGAAAGAUGGAUUGUUUAAAUAAGAAAAUGGAAAGUUGGAAAUAGCAUUCCCACAAUAACGAAGCUGAAGAUGCAGAAAAUGGAAUCGACGAGUCACGGCAUAAAGAUGAAUAUGAAGACGUUGCCGCUAACUUAUGCACUUCCCAUGCCAUUGAGAUCCUUUGAUGCCGCCGAAUCGUUCAAGGAAUAUGACAUUAAGCGAUCUUUCAACCUCAAACUUUCUUUUGCAACAUUAAAGGUCAGCGACCCACACCGGUGCUGGGGCCAAAUUGCAACUUGCUGCUCGUGCAACCCUGGUGUCUUCCAUCGCGUUGUUGAACAAAGAAGACCGAAGAGGAAAAGAAAUAGAACGAAUCGGAUGGAACACUCGAAGGAUCGUGAGAAUGAAGUCUCUCCACCGGCUCAAGCCCCGAACCUAUGAUUGAUUUAAAGGUCACGCGUUUCCACGUUUUUACUCGCGUGUUCGCAGGUCGUCGGUGGUUCCCAACCCGGAAUAUUUAACCCGGUUGACCUUUCCAUAGUUUCUCCCGUAGCCUCGUUCUCCUGUUGGCCAAAACGUCCGUCGAGAGAUCCCUCCGCUUUCUUGUUCCCUUUCGUUUCGCGUCCGCCUUUCUCCGCCGACUGGCGCGAUGUUAAUUACAAACCUCUUAGCUCGAAUUACCGUGCACGCCACCACUUUUGCCAUUCCACGUCUCGAUCCUCUUGCGUUUUCGCUUCGAAAUCGUCCCGUUUACUCGGUUCGAGGGCUAGUAGACACGUAUAAACGUGGAACUUCGUUCCCGUCAACGGUAUAAGCGACACACCUGCUAUUUUCGCGGAUAAUUAUAAGAUCUGAGGUUGAGGUGAACAGGGUGAAUGAAACUCCUCGAAGAGGAUGUGUGUUAGGAUAAUGAUGGAUUUCAUCAUUUUUAUAGAAAGAAUAGUUAUUAGUUGGUUAUUCUAGAUUUCGUUUCGUUGCUUCUAUUAAUGGUAUUAAAAAUACUAUUUAUCAGGAAAGACUGUUAGAGAUAACAUUAGCGAGAAAUGUUGCGAACGCGGCCGUUUCCAUCUAUGCGAUCGAGAAACCUUGUAAUCGAUACGGAAAGGAAUCUUCCAUAACUUACUUGGACAACCCUCGUUCGUUUCAACCAAUCGGAAUUUUCAUUUCCGAGGAAAUAAAGUAACGAAUGUGUAAUGAAAUUGCACGAGAGAGCAAAGUUAUAGGGAUUUAUAAUGCUAGUGAAAAGAUUAGAGGAUAGCAUAUAAUUUAUAUAUAUUAUAUAAUUUCAUUUAAUCUCAGCAAUCUGUUCUUCUUCUCAAAAAUAAUCUUUACUCUUAAACUUUGCGAUCUUGUGGAUUUAUCUUAACAUUUAUUAUAAUAUUUAUUUCAUUAAUUUCUAUUAUUAUUUGUAGAAGUUUCUUUAAUCAAAAAAUUUUUUAAAAAUACUCCACCAUUCUCAACGUCUCUAUCUUUAAUUACUACGUUGUUGCACAUCAAUCUUCCCGACAAAUAAAGAUCACAAUCUUUUUACCGCAUUCCCCACAUCUCGAUAUUGUUUACUUUAACUGCCCCGACGCCCAAUCUGUCCAUGUUUGGGGCUCGUUUCGUAAAGCGUAAUUACGACGUCUAGUUUGAUCUCUGAACGGUGCUCGAAUAAGCGGUUGUUAAACCGUUUAUACCUUCGUUUAUUCGCGGAACGGAACAAUCUAGGAUAUUACGACCUAUCUUUUUGUUGCCAUAAGGGCCGCGCGAUUGUGACGUCUAUAAAACAUCGUGCGGUUUCAAUAUACCAGCCCUGUAAUUUGUCCUCGCGAAUCUGCAAUCUUAUUAACGGUAAUAAUAUCGUAAUCCGUUUAGAGUGACCACGAAUCUGAAGAAACCGAAUCUGAACAUUUUUUGAAUCGGUGAAUUGAAUGAUUAGCUUGUCGGAGUAAUAAUUAUAGGAUUAAGAUGAUUUAUGAUAAUGUUGAAUUUUUAUCCAAAUACGAAAUAAGAAAAUAUUUCAUUAUUUUGUACAAAUUUCCGUGAAGAGAAAAUGUUUUGAAUUUGCUAUAAAGUGAACGAGUGAACUUGAAUAUCCUUUCAAUCCUCUAUACAAUUUUCCACAAUCAACCAUAAAUAUGAUUCUCAACAAAAAAUUGAAGAACGUCAUAAAAGUAUCGUUAAGAGUAAUAAGGUGAAUUCCAACGCUGAACAUACUCGUAUUAUAAAUAUCACAAAACAAGCAACCCUUUAUUUUCACGAGAUUAUUUUACUAAACAGCAAGAAAGAAGGAAAUUACUUAACUCUCUUAUAACACCCUCUCUUCCUUUUAUAUAUAUACUCGAUCAAAACAAUUAAAAAUAUUUGUGUAAAUACUUAUUUCAAAUUUUCUUCUUUACAUAAUACUCCAAUAAAAAUUAGAUCUCACGAUAAACGUUAUACAUAUAUAUAUAUAAGAGGAAAAAUUUUCGACCACAGUUUUAUUUUUAUAUACGAAAUUCUAAAAAUUGUUGGAGGGUUGAAAGAUCCAAGAUCCAUCUUCCGUCUUCCAUAAAAUUCAAUUUUAUUUUUAUCACAUCCAGGAAUACCUUUGUGUUCGCGAUACAAUGUAGGUGUCCACGAGGAAGGUGGUCCACGGGCUCGUAAAACUCUCAUUCGCGCGACUAUUCGCGGAAGAACGCGCGCGUUUCCCUCCUCGCCGCCCCUUCGACCGGAUUAUUAUCAGCCAUUUACACGUUUAUGCUCUUUGCCGUGCCACGCAGAUGGCCGCGACUCGUAUGCUAACGGUACAGUGUCUGAUUUUCCGGUACAAUAAAGUCCCUUUGGCGAAGGGGGCGCCUAGUCCGGCAAUUAACGCUCGUAAGUCCAGCCUACCUGCCUCCCUUUGAUUUAAAUAGUUGGCGUUUCCUUGUGUAAUUCUAACUGAAAAAUCGAGACCCUAACCCCGGCAUUUAUUACAGUACAGUAUUCUUCGGCUACCUGUGCCGCAAUUCUCUUUGUGCGCGAGUUCUGCUUUUGAAAGCGAGGGAUGUUUAAUGGAAGACGCGAGGCUAUUGAUGUUCCGCGGGUACGCCGCUUUGAUGUGCUAUCAAUAAAAAUAGUUUUAAUGGGGACGCAGGAUGGAAUAAUGCGAGAGCCAAGUUAAACACUUUGAAUGUGCCGCUUGUAUUAUCUAUUUUCUUUCUUAAAUAUUGCACGUUUUAAAGGGUUUUAGUUCUCUAAAUAUUUAAGUAUUUAUCAAAUAACAAACAAAUGAAAUAUCGUUAUGAAAACCAUCCCUUUACAACAGUCUCUGUUUGCCUCCGAUCUCAUCUAAUUUCUCUUACUAAUAUUUGAAACUUAACUUUUCCAGAUUGAACCUCACAUCGCAACCCAGGGAUAGUAUAAAUAACACCAAGAAGAUCAAAUAUACGGAAUAAUUCACGCAAAGAAUCCACAAGUUCUCCUUAUGGAAGAUCAUCCUUCGAGACGUUGCAAGAAGAGGGCGAAGGAUGGGACUUUUUACGAGGGCCAUAUCGCAAAACCGAAACCGCCAGGAUUACUUAGGCAAAAAGCGACUCGAGGAGUGCAGCGUGAACCACUUUUCUCGUGGGAAUGAUAGGAAUACAAGGGACCCAUGGAACGAGCGCAGGCCGUUUAACCAAAAUUACGUUUUAUAUGCAGAAGCGGAUCAUUGCGCGCGAGACGGUCCAUGCGUAACGGCCGUGGUGCAACGGUGCAUUUCCUUUUACUACUGUGGCCAGACAACAUGCACCGUAAAACCCGAGGGGCCAGCUUUAACAACUACAACUGUAGAAAUCGUGGCGUGUUGUUCCAGAGACAAUGCAUCCCUUCGAGUUGUAACAUCAACAGCGAUAUUACUCUUCUCUUUCAAGUUAAAGUGUCCAGCUUUUUAUUUUUUUUCAAUAUUUUUAAGAUACAUUUAAAGCGAUAUUUAAAGUACACAUAUAUUUCUUUUACUUUUUAUUAGGUGCAGUUAGAAAGUUUAUGUAAAUUUUGGGCAACCUGUAAUAGAUUUAAAAGCAAUCUAAUAAGCUUCUCGAUUAUUUUAUGAUUAUGAUUAUACGUACAAGUGAAUGUAUCGAUAUAUCGAAUGGAUGUUUCGUUAGAAAUGAUCGUUUCCAAUAAAGAGAAUAAAAAUGCUAAUGCAAUUUGAUUGAGAAAUA